AUGCGUCCCAAUGUAAGUUUCGUGAUCACAGCGACGGUUAAAGACCCUUUACAACAACUAUGGAACAAGUGUUUAGAUGACAAACAAAUGCAGUUACAUCGGAAUGACUUAGAGAAGUAUGUUCAACUAUACCUAUUCCCAUGUCUAAUUGUGUUUGGCAUCUUGGGGAACGCUUUGAACCUGACUGUUUUGCUCAAUAAACGCAUGAGGAGCAGGUAAGGCAAGGUUUGUCAUGUAACUUGAUGGAAAAUGAUGUUUUGGACACGUUUGGUCGUAUUAUGAUUUAAAAAUUGAUUUUUAAAAAAAAAUUGGAAAUUUUUAAAUUUUUUCACUUUAAAAAUUUAAAUUUCUUUAAACUAUUACCUAUUGCAGAGCCAACACCUUCCUCUCCCUACUAGCCAUCUCUGACAUUGCCUUCCUGGUCUUCCUGACACCACAUGUCCUAGCAACAUAUCACUUCCUCUACGUCAACUACUACUUUAGAUGGUUUUACUUUAAAACCAAGAUUCAUUGGCUAGCCCUAGCCAACUGGAUGUCAGCCGUGGCUAUCUGGGUGGUGAUAGCUGUAUGUGCUGAUAGGUUGAUUGGGAUACGAAAACCAUUGUAUAUACGAAGUCAUGUGGCGUCGUACAAGAUGAUGAUGAUACUGGUUAUUAUUGUGGUUGUGCCAUUCUUAUUGACACUGUUUAGACACUUUGAGCAUUACUGUCCUGUAAAUAAUUUGUGUCACGAUACUCAGGUCUACUCCAAGUGCUUUCCAAUCACUCACGAGUAAGUUGGAAUGGUUUUUUGUUGUUUUAGCGUGAAGUGUUAUCUAAAAUUUAAAAAAACUGAAAUUUUUUAAAAAUUAAAUUUUUUGAAAUUAAUUUUUUUUUAAAUUUGAAUUUUUAAAUUUUUAAAAUUGAUAUAUUUUAGUGUCUGGCAAUCUCACAUGUUCCAAAACACGUUUUCCUAUGGCUACAGGAAGUUCAUAAGGUUGUCGAUACUGACGAACACCGUAUUCAUAGUAAUGUGUCCAAUUAUAUUGUUGGCCACUUUGAACAUCUUGUUGUUGUGUGCGUUAAGGCAACGGUCAUCUGAGAUUUCACUUAUGCAGGAUGACAAUGUCACUAAGUAAGCUUAUUUUUUAACGCAGUAUCUUUUUGUGCUAUAUUUUUUGGGGUACUGUGAUAUCUCCUUGUAGUACUGCAGUACUUCAUUAUGUACUUCUCUGUAGUACAGUAGGACCCCUUUAUGGCACUGUAGUACUUUUUUUAGGACUGUGGUACCGUACUUCAGUACUUCUUCGGGGUGCUGCAGUACUUUUUUUGUGAUACGGUAGUAUUUCUUUGUAGUACUGUAGUAUCUUUUUUUGCUACUGUGAUACUCUAUUGUGGUUCUGUGUUAUCUCAUUGUGUUACUGUGGUAUUUUUUUUUGUGGUAUUGUGUUGUCUUUUUGUGGGUCUGUGAUACUUCUUUGUGAUGCUGUUGACUUUUUUUGUGGUAUUGGAAUACCUUUUUUUAAUACUGUAUUUUUCAAAUUUUUAAAAUUUUUUCAAAAAUUUGAUUUUCAACUUUUCAGUCCAACAAUGAACAACCACAAGCAUCACAAAACGGAGCAACGAGUAACUCUAACAGUAACACUAAUAGUCACUCUAUUCACCUUCACCAAUGGCCCUUCUGGCGUAGUCAGUUUCGUGGAUUUGGUCGGAGAAUCGAAUCGAAUGCCGGAUUGGUGGUAUAAUGCUGGCGUGUUUGCUAACUCACUGGUCGUUGUUGGGAAAGCCAGCAACUUUAUCAUCUUCUGUCUGUUUUCUAAACAUUUCCGCAAACGACUGUUCGGAUUGGCACAGAAGAAAGUGCAUGAAAAGAUUGGUAAGGCUUACAGUAAACUACAACUUUAAUGUAAAGUAUUACAGUAAACGAAAAAUAGCGGGACACUUUUUGGUUGAAAAAUAACAGAAAAGUGUCCCGCUCCUUCUGGUUUAACCUAAUAUAUUGAUAUUAUUAUAGUAGGGCCGAUUGAAAUAAGAUAGAAUAAUAUAGAGUAAGAAUUUAUACUGUAGAGUAAAAGAAAGAAGAUGAUAAGAAACGAUAGAGUAGUGGAACUAACUGUAUACGUUAUAUAAAGGUAGGAGAGAGUUGAGUAGGCUAUGAUACGAUAAGACAAAGAACGGCAAAGUAAAAAAAUAAUAUAUGUUACUAAGAUACUUUAAGAUACCGAGAUGUAAAGUAAGACUUUAGAGGUAAGAUACGAUAAGACAAAGAAACAUAAAGUAGAGGUUAUUACAGCUUAUUGUUAAGUUACGGCAAGCGAAGAUGAGGUAAAGUAAGGUACAUUAUUACGUGUUAAUGUAAAGAUACGACGAAGUAAAAAAAAAAGAAAAAAAGAAAAUUAAUAUAGUUUAAUCUUAAGAUACGACAAGACAAAUGGAGUAAAAGUACAAAGAUUUACUAUACAUAUGUUGGUGUAGAGGGUAGAAUAAAGCAAAAUUUUUUUAAAUUUAAAAAAAAUAUUUCAAAAAUGAAAUUUUUCUUAAUUUCAGACCUACUAGAAUCCCGUCGUCGCUCAUCAGUUCACAAAGCUUCGGGCUUAUCACGUCGCGAAACAACCAACAGUCGAAAAGCUUCAACACAAGCCAUGUUGUUCUGA